GCCAUGCACGCCAACACGAUAUUAGAUUUCAUCAACACUUGAAUACCCAGGUGAGACAGGGUUUGAUUUCCAGUCCCUUCAGUGCUCAGAUGACUCAGCAAUGUUACCGGGUUGAAACACUCAGCAAAUCAAAAAGCCCAGAGCCUUCCGGGACAGGUUUAGUAUGCCCGACGACGAAUUUGAAUGUCUCGGACCGCCCAAGGGAUAGGAGCAAAAGCUGCCAUGCGGCUGGCCACUAAACCUUGCUUUUUCUUUUUUCUUUUUUCUUUCUUUCUUUCUUUUUUCCUCAGUUGUCAGACAUGGAGAAUAUCAAAUCCUCCAUGCACAAUACUAGACGAGUCAGUCAACUUUACGAGGAGGGGGGGGCAAAAGCCAACGUUCUCUUUCAUUUCUCCUUCCUACUACACCGUAUUUGCACAAAGGAUCAGGAGAAACUGCAGUGGUGCGUGUGUGGUGGGGGGGGGGGUGGGAGAUCGAUGGACAAGGCUGAGUGGAUAGCGGUUGUGUCGUUGGGACAAAAAUUGCAUCCGUUACAGAUCACGGAUUUUGGCUGAAAUCGGUCAUCCAGACGCAACACAGGGAUGCCAAUGCGGUCCAAAAUACUCGUCGACAAUGCGUGCUUUUGCCCCAUAACCCGAACUGCCCUCCAUCAAUCUGGCUGGAUUUGAUCUCAUAUUUUUUUUUUCUUUUAUUAAUUUUUUUUUAUAUUCGGCAGCCAUUUUCCCUAUUGAAAUUCCCUCUCGUAGAAUUUCCCCUACAUGAAAGUGUAUGUAUGGCACUGUAUUCGUGUGUAUGCGGUCCGGUGAAUUGGUGAAUAUGUGGGUGAGUGAGUGGGUGUGAGUGAGUGUGAAUGAGCGAGUGAAUGAGUGAGUGGGUGCGUCUGCACGAAGAUCCACUACCACCUCCACCACGCAGGGAGUUACAGCUUCUUCUUGGGGGAAGUAGGCCCUAUUUUUUUUUCUUUUCUAUCUUUUCCUUUUAUAUCGUGCACCAGACGGAAACAACUUCAAUUGACCGCCCUGCCUCGACUCAGUGCGUUGGCCGCCCGAGAGAUCUUGGAAGAUCACCACCCAGCAUCUAAGCGAAAGAAAAAAUAAAAAAAAUAGGAAAAAAGAAUAAAAAUAAAUAAAAAAAAUAGCUGGAGAGACUCUUCGGAUAUGCCCUCUCGUCCUCUAUCUUCAGUCAUCUCCGAGAGCCAGCAGUAGCUCUGCCCGACCUCGUCCGCUCUUUUUUGUCAUUCCUUUUAUAUCUUGCAUUUCCCGUUUUUCAAUAUAUAUCAAUACUUUCCUUGUGUGAAGUUUACCCAGCCGAAGAAAAGAGGUAUCUUAUUUCCCCCUUUCCCUUUUCCCCUUACGUGUUUGUGGAUUGGGUGUCGGUGUCUACGUCUCCCGGAUCUUUCCUAUUUACCUCUCUCUACAGCACUCCAAAGCUCCUUUCGCAAUAUCCGGGGCCGGGUAUCAUCGAGGGAUUAAGAGUGAGUGUGAGUGUGCGGUGUGGAGAGAUGCAGAGACUGAAGCAGCGGGUGCUGGACGCUCAGAAGGCAUUACGGCGUCGAAGCUCUACCUCCACACCUCAAGCCCUAACAUUCGAGGAGCGGACUCCGGCAGCAAGCAGCCAGUCCUCGAAUACGGCGGAAAAAAAUUCGCAGAUGAGCUCCUCAGAGCAAGUUUGUAACAGCUGCAAAGAGGAACCUGCUAGUAGCCCUCUGUCAGAAAAUACUGCUGCCACUGCUCUGCGGGGAGAAGCAUUGACUAGGGCCGGGAGUACAUCGGCUCGGUCCCCCACAUCUCCAUCAUCGCCCUCACAACCGACAACUUCUCUCCCCUUCUCCCGUGAGGAGCCCCUCGCUUCAACAAAAUUAGAGGACCAUCCUCUGCCCUCGAAAAACGUGGCGGAGAUCUCUGAUUCUGAUCCCCCUAUCGGCCCUCUUGCCAUUGUUCCUGCACCAGCUUCGGGGGGAACUUCCUCGACCGCCUCCCUACCUCCGGAUCCGGCAAAACCUCAAUUGCCCCCAAAGGGAAAACUUGCGCCAGCACUUUCCGACCUGCCUCCGCAUUCACCUCCUCCCCCCCCGCGGAUUCAAACUUCAUAUCCUCGGAACCGCCCCGUCCAAUACCGGAAGCAGUCACUUCUACCGGCCUCUGAGGCUGUCCUGAUUCGGACCCUCCUCGGCUCUGAUACCAACAAUUAUACCGCCACAUCACCAACACUCAGCGCGAGCUCACCGUUACUGGAGGAGUCACCGGCUACGUUCCGUUCGGUUCCCAUUGAGUUUCAGCCGCCCACUCCGGCCACUCUCGGAUCAGGUAUGCUGAACAGGAGGGUUUGGGUGAAGAGGCCUGGGGGAUCACCCACCAUUGUCAAUGUCCGUGAGGAUGAUAUGGUGGACGAUGUCAGGGAUGUCGUUCUGAAGAAGUACCAGAAUGCAUUGGGAAAAAGUUAUGAUGCUCCGGACGUUUCAAUCAGGGUUGUCCCUCGUCACGCAAGGCCACGCUCACUGGAUCACACUCCCGGCCGUGGCUAUGACCCACAACUUGGCGAACGGACGCUAAAUCCGGACGAGACAGUUAUUCGGGUGUUGGGUGAUUAUUUCCCCGGGGGCCAGUCAAUUGACGAGGCCUUGGUUAUCGAAGUGCCGCCUCUGCCGUCUGUUGGACGGAGGACGCCCCGCCCCUCACCGCAUCAUGGUUUUGGAUCUCAUCAUGAUGGUCACUCUGGCAUGGAAGGCAAUGACUAUUUCCCUCCAAUGCCACCCACAAGCUAUUCACAGGCACCGCCAACAUCGUCAUCCCAGAUAUCUUUGAGGGAACCCUCUAUCGCGGUUUUGACGACAGGCCAAGUGCCAAACUUGCCUGGAUCACCCGGAGGCACUAAUCGAAGGAAUGUGCGUCCGGGCCCGAGACGUAUGCAAACCUCAUCCCCGGUUGUCCGCCCAUCGGCCUCCGAGGUGAGCUCAGUAGUGGGACCUGGUGUGGUACUGAUGCCCCGCCAAAAUCGUUCAAGGGUCAACUCCGAUGCAUCGAAUACUGCUCAACCUGCUCAAGCCCCUCCCAUACCCGCACCCGCUGUGGAAGACAAUACCCAAAAAGCCUCUACCCCCCCGGCCCGCAUGGCAUCCCCUCUUGCAAAGAAAUUAAAGGAGAAAAAACAACAUACUUCGCCGGCGGGUUUAUUGCCAGAUGGUGCUGUCCCUCCCAUCAAUGUCCUCAUCGUCGAGGACAAUGUUAUCAAUCUUCAGCUGUUGGAAGCGUUCAUGAAACGUCUCAAGGUUCGUUGGCAGUCUGCCAUGAACGGGAAGGAAGCCGUGGAUAAGUGGCGGGUUGGAGGCUUCCAUUUGGUCCUCAUGGAUAUUCAGCUUCCGGUGAUGAACGGAUUAGACGCAACCAAGGAAAUCCGGCGACUGGAAAGAGUGAACUCCAUCGGAGCCUUUUCACAGUCCCCUUCGUCGCCCUCGCGGGAGGAUGCACCAACCAUCCCCAAUGAGGAGGACAAACUCCCUAAUUCAAUUCUCUUCAAGUCACCUGUUAUCAUUGUCGCCCUUACCGCCUCGUCCUUGCAGAGCGAUCGCCACGAAGCCUUAGCGGCUGGAUGCAAUGACUUCUUGACAAAGGUUCGUUUGUUCUCCCCUCAAAUUUACACUUCUCUCCACUCACUCGGAUUGAAUAUUUGUGUUCUGACAAUUACAAUUAUAACCAUAGCCUGUGAACUUCAUCUGGUUAGAACGAAAAGUAACAGAGUGGGGCUGCAUGCAAGCGUUGAUCGACUUCGACGGCUGGAGGAAAUGGAAGGACUUCACAAAGACGGAAAAUGGCGGGGGCAAUGAGGGAAAGGGUGUGAAAGGGUUCCGCAAUCAACGACUCGCAACGGGACAGAAAGGCUCUGGUGGAGAACCUAAGCGGUUAGAAGAGAAGAGCAAUCUUAUUCCUUCAAUAGGUUAAGGGGCUUUCUUAGGCUGGGAGAUAUUGCUGGUGGUGGGCAUGGGAUGGGGUUCGAUUGCAGCGGAUGGAUACGAAACGAACUGGGGUAAAUGGAAAUAUUGCUCGGCGCGCUAAGGGAGCAUGGUGGUCUGGAAAUAGCCUUUGGAGGGGGUUCACGAAGCUUAUUGCCGGAGAGGGGAUUCUCUAAUUCAUUGGGGGACGGAAUGGGGCCGGUGGUAUGAUGGGGUUUCUUUUAUCCGUCUCUCUGUCUGGAGACUUGCGGCGUUGGGAUCACGGAUAUGGGUGUCUGCUUGUGUGUUUCUUUGUUUGCGCCUUUUUUUCUCUUUCUUUUUUCUUUCCACCUGCGCCCUGAUUCUCGGGGAAAAUAUGGGAUUUGAGCACUUUGUUCCUUUUAUAUCAUUGCCGCCGAGUUUUACCUCUAUUUAUUCUUGCUUCCACCAUUCCCUUCUCAUAUCCCAACCGGGAAACACUUGCGUUUCUCUGAUGCUGCUUCUUCCUCGCGCUAUUUGGUAAUACACGCGUUAGGUGUUGCACUGUUUUGAGAGGGGGGAAGAAGGGAGUAUAUACGCAUGGAAGGAAGCAGACCACUAACAAACCAACAAAAGAAAGGGCCCCCCGUUGUCAAAAUUUCCUGACCUAUUUACUCCAUCAUUAUCAAUAUUAUUCGUUGUUUUGGUGGUAUAUACAUCAUAACCGUCCCGUUAUCUACUUGCUGUACAUAUAUAAUUAUUAUAUAUAUAUAUACCUCAUUUCCUAU